UCAGUCCGGGCUUUUUGCCAUGGGGUCUCUGCUCCUCGUCUUGCUACUGCUUUUGCUGUCGCCCUCCUACCCGCGAGGCGGGAGCGCGCGGAGGCGUCGGAGUGCGCGGACGCAAAGCCCGGGGGGCCGCUCUCACCCACCGUUCUGGGUGCGCGUAAGCCCCGACUUCAAGGCAGUGCCGCUGGGGGGCUCACUGUGGCUCAACUGCAGCAGCAGCUGCCCCCUCCCGGAGGGUUCCAGCCUCCGCACCGAGCUGCGGCGGGGUGAGACGCUCAGUGGGCCCCGCUGGGUAGCCUACCAGCUGCUGGAUGUGAGGGCCUGGAGUUCCGAUGUGCACUGCUUCGUCACCUGCGCGGGAGAAACGCGGGGGGCCACCGCCAGGAUUACAGCCUACAAACAGCCAAGCAGCGUGAUCCUGGAGCCUCCGGUCUUAACGGGCAGUGACUACACUCUGCGCUGCCACGUGACGCACGUCUUCCCCGUGCGCUUCUUCGUGGUGUUUCUGAGGCGCGGUGGCCGAGUCAUCUACUCCGAGAGCCUGGAGCGCUUCACCGGCCUGGAUCUGGCCAACGUGACGCUGACUUACCUGUUACCCUCCCGGCCCCGUGACUCUGGGCAGCCCGUUACCUGCCACGCCCGCCUCAAUCUCGACGGCCUGGUGGUCCUCAGUAGCUCGUCACCCGUGACGCUGCCAGUCCCCGCUUGGAGUCCUGCGUCCAAAGCCUUGGCCUCUACCUCCAUCGCAGGCUGUGUGGGGAUCUUUCUUGUCGUGGGGGCCCUCUGUCUGCGAAAGUACCUAUCGAUGCAGCCUCCAGCAUAGAGGCAUUGGUCCUUGCAGGCUGAACUGGAGGAAAAAGGAAUCUGGGAAAAUUGGUGGAACCUUGCCUGGAUCAAUAAAGACUUUCUCAGCAGCUCUGCCCCUGGGCAUAAAGUUCCCGUAUUAGGGCACCUCCUAUGA